CAACAAAAAAACUAACUUGUAAUUAACUACCAUAAACCGUUCCAAAAAUUGCGAACACUUAAAACUCCAUUUCGACAUCUAACCUUAACAAAAAAAAAAAAAACAAAAAAAGUUCAAGCCAUGGCUUCCAUACUCAUUACAUGUCUUCUUCUCAUGUUCAUCGCUUACUUUGAACCAACAUUACCCGCAACAGUCAUAGAAGACCUUGCAAAUUUACACCCACCCUCCAAUUUCAACACCACCAUCGUUUCAAACUGUUUAAAAAACCCAUCUCUAAGGUACUGUGGUUCAUCUCCUAUGGACCUUGAUGCCAUCUUUAAGUUCACCAUUGUGGCUAGUCACCUAUGUAACGAGUCGAAGAAUCCCAACUGCGUCGAAUCGUUCCCUAAAAUCGAUCUUCGGAACCGUCCUAAGAUCACCCCACUUUACUUAUCCUUCACUUUUUUUUGGAAAUACUGCCCCAUUACUAUACUUUCCAUUGAUCUUUCUAAUAAUUCUGUAAAGGGUACUUUCCCCAUUGAUGUUUUGUUUUGUACACAAACCCAUGUUCUUGAUUUGAGCCAUAAUGGGCUUUCAGGGGAUGUCCCAAUCCAAAGGUUGUCCUCUGUCACUAAUCUUACCAUUCUUAAUCUUUCGUAUAAUCAUUUCUCGGAGAUUAAGAUAUCAGAUUCUUGGUUCUUUAAACGGUUUAACUCUUCAUGUUUUUUUAACUCUGGGAUCUUACCGAGUCAUGGGAGGUAUAAGAUAAAGGCUGUGAUGUUAUUGCUUGGGUUUCCCGUGGUUGUUAUAUUCACGGUGGGUGGCUUGUGGUGGUUGUGUUUUCGAAGGCCGGAUUUCUUACCGAGAGUGCUUCAGAACAAGCGUAAGUUCACGACAGCAAUGUUGAAAGCGGCCACCGAUGGAUUCUCGAAGAAGAGUAUGGUUGGAAAAGGAGAUGGUUUCGUUAUGUAUAGAGGGAUCUUAAGGGACGGAACUCAAGUGAGGAUAGAAAUCUACUCGAAUAAUAGGGGAAACCAUAGGGAGUAUGUUGAGGAAUGCAAAGUUUUGGUUCAGUUGCGCCAUAGGAACUUGGUGAAAGUUUAUGGUUGGUGUAGUAAUCGGAACAUAAGGGCCCUUGUCACUGAAUGGAUCGGCCGAGUGAGUGUUGAGACGUGGUUGUCAGAAUCAGCUCCGUGUUGGAAACAUAGGUACAAAGUAUUGGUGGGAGUUCUGAAAGCAAUGUGUUAUCUUCAAGAACAAUGGCCUGCGAUUGGUUGUGAUAUAAAAACAAGCAGCCUUUUGCUACAUGAAAAUGGAGACCCAUUGAUUGCAAGGUUUAGGGUCGGCGAAAACAGCACCUCAAAGAAAAUUCACAGGUUUGGGAUUUUAGUGCUGGAGAUGAUGACGGACCAAACACUGCAGGAAGAAUUCAAUGGGGACGAAACAGGGUUCGUUGAGUAUGUUAAAAUGCUGUACCCUAGAAAGUUGCAGAAGGUGAUUGACGAGAGGAUGAAACUGACAGAGAAUACAUUUGAUGAAACCAGACAGACAAUAUGUAUUGGAUUAAUAUGUGCAGAUCAUCAAACAUGUCAGCAACUCAGCAUCGGUCAGAUUUAUAACAUGAUCAUCAAAGUCCACCCUCGUACUAACACAUAUUAAAGAUUCCAAUUUCAGUAAAAGUAUCAUGGAGAUCAUAUAUAAGUUAGAUUGCAUUUUGUCCUCACUACUCAAAAAUAAGCAAAUUGAUCUUUCUACAUGAGAUCAAAGAGUAAACUGCUCCUUUUAUUAAAAUUUUCAUCUAGUUUUACUAUUAAAAAAUGAUCCUCAUACAACAACAUAAGAUCCAGUUAUUCCGUCAGCCACGACCCACGUUAAUUUUUAACAAAAAUGGCCAAUUUGAUCUUUGAUUUAACAUAUAGAGACUGAUUUGCCCAUUUUUAGAGUAGAGGAGACAAAAUGCAAUUUAACUCCAAAUAUAGAGGUCUCCAUGAUCAUUUUACCAAAUAUGUCAACAAAAGAAACUCUCUUUACUUUGUUCAUGUAUGAUCAUUUAUCCUACACUUAAAUUUAACAUGAUUUUCAUCCAUGCCCUAUUUUGUCUUAUCAUCAACUGUAGGUAAAUAUAUGAUCAUUCAAAGCAUAUGUGCAAAAUUUGUCAACCUAAGGAACGAUUUAAGAUAAAACCGAUAGUCAUUUGGUCAGAAGGUAUGUACUCGAGAAGUAAGCAUUUCUAUACUACAAGAACACAAGAAGUUCGAAACAAAUUAUUUAAUGAUGCCGGGUCUGUUCGCUUGCACCUUAGAUCGGGUCUUAUGAACUUUCUUCGGGACUUCAGUUGUUAAAGCA